AUGGGCGGAAACGCAUUUGGAACUGUUGCCCGACGAUUGUCUCAAGCAGAAUACGAAGCUUUGAAGAAUCAUGUUCACACUGCUCUGAAACUCCAUUUCCAGGAUGUGAAGACACCUCGUAGUCUCCUGUCAAAGGUCGAUCAUGGUGAUCUGGAUGUUCUGGUGGGAUACGAAGGGUUUCUCCCUGGAGGUGAUGAAGAAUGGACUCCCAAUAAUCCCGAUACAAAGAACGAGGAUGAGCUUCCUACUGCUGAAUCACUCCCCGCCCCUGAUCCGCUCUUGGAGGAAGUGAUCAAAAAGCUAGACAUCAAACCUGCAGAGGUCUCAGACACACUUAAGGAUUUAUCAGGACCGAAUAAUGGAGGCGAGAUCAAGGUCAUCGGAACAGGUAAAAUGGUUCUUGGUAAAGAGGUAGACGAACUGAGAGAUUUCUGCGGGAAGAUGAGAGCAAGUAUAGGUGCUACCGCUUGGAGAAGAAGAGGUGGAGAAGUCAGUUUCAAAGUGUCUCCCGUUGUUGUCAAUCCUGACCUCGAUGUCAGAGACGAUGAGUUCUAUCAAGUCGACGUCUUAUUCACUCCAUCUGAAAACCUGGCUUUUUACCAUCUCAUGGCUUCGUAUUCAUCAACUGGCUUACUCCUGGGUCGAUUUGUUCGUCUCUUGUCCCAUUCCUUCACAUUGCAUCUCACUCAUUUGAUUGUUCGUCAUGGGCCAUUUUUUGGACUUCCUUCCAUUGACGUAACACUUACUACGUCUCCUACCGAUUUCUGUAAAUGGCUUGGUCUCGAUUACGACGUCUGGAAGACACAAGGCGAUGCAUGGAAUGAAGAGAAAGACCUUUGGAUUUGGUUGACCAAUGUAGAAGAAGAUAGCCUUGCUGGACAAGCUAUCUCACGAAUCGUCGCCAAAAAGAGAUCCUCAUCAAACGACCCAAAGGAAGGAAAAAGGAAGAAGAGAGCAGAUUUUGCGGAUCGAUUUUACGAAUGGUUAAGAAACGAAUCAAAAUUGGUCUCUUCACCCGAAGAAGAAUUUGUCCUUCCCGACAUUUCAGUAUCGCCUACUCCUACUCCUACUCCUACUCCAAUUCCAAUCUUGCCGUCCGAACAAAUUGCCAGUCCUAUCAUUGCUGACUCCAAAUCUCUCUUCAUCGAGAGUUCAUCUUCUGCCGCAAAUGCAAUCAAGAUUGAAGAACAGAUAAUUGUCAACCCUUCCCUCCUCAAUCCAAAUCACCCUAAAUCCCUUGAUGCUAGAGUAGACACCGCCCUCGAAUAUUGGAACAAGCGAGAAUUAUACGACACCAUUCUUCAGGAAAGGAAGCUUUUGGCAGUAGUUCUUGCAGACAGACAGAAAGAAACUGUCGAAAACAGGGAGAAAGCUGCCAUCAAUCAAGCUGAAUAUGAGCUUGAGGUGAAGGAUUGGUAG